AUGACAUCCAUCCAAUCUCAUUCCACGCUGGUGGAUUCUGACAAGGGGCUUAUGUCAGACUCUAGAGACAGUAGCAAAGGAGCAAGCACGGAUUCCGAGAUGGCGGAAUCGAAUUCGCCAGAAGAAACUGACACAGGCGUCAAGGAACUUGAAGCCUCAACGGCCUUAGACUCUUCGUCCACUACUGCUUCUAAAAAAUUUACGCAUUCUAGUAAAUCAAAAAGGAAGUCAAAAGGACGAAUUUAUAAAUGUACUGGCUUCCCCAACUGCUCUAUGACUUUCACUAGAUCGGAACAUUUAGCAAGACAUAUCAGGAAGCACACCGGUGAAAGGCCGUUCAAAUGUGAUCAUUGUCUCAAACGAUUCUCCAGGUUGGACAAUCUAAGACAGCACAAGCAAACUGUUCACAUGUACGAAAACUUCAUUAUGACUUAUCCGGGCGAGAAGGUGAACGUCCGAGUCAAGAGUCGUAUGGCCAUGGACGGAAAUAGAUAUACGAGGAGAAAGCAGGCCCACGCCACUAGGCGGGGUUCGAUGCCUCAGCAGAUACCGAAGAGCAAAAGCAUUCAGUUUGCCAGUGGUGGUGGAAGUGUAGCUUUUCUGGAUCCAAUGGAUUUGAUGAAUCGCCAAUACUGCGCUCUACCUAUUGGCCAACUUAAACAGCAAUCUGUUGUUUCUCCGCAUACUCCUACUGGUAUUGGUGCCGAUUACAGUCAUUUGCUUUCACCUCCACCCUCUGUUUCACCUCGACUCACGAUUAGUCAACCGGAAGAUUCGUCACUUCCACCUCCUAGAAGAACUAAUCUGCUGAGCAGGGCCUGUUCAGAGUUCAGACCUAAUGCUUCUCACAAACCGUGUCCCAUCGCUAUUCCACGUGUUUCUGGAAGCUCAGCGCUUGUCACUCCUAACAGUGGUAUUUCUCCCACUCCACUCUCAGCUAUCUCAUUUCAUGGUGACCCCCUGCUGGCCACUCCUUAUUUUGCUCAGAGGGGUGCUGCUUCUAAUUCCAAUUCUAUUAAUGCUGUUUCACCAAGCAUUGCCUUCUAUUCCAAUCCAAACUCUCCGUACGGUCCUGGUCCUGCUUUUUCUUCUUCCCCUACCGCGACUUACUAUGGACAUGUUUCAGGGUAUAGUCCGCAUAACUGUAUAGCAUCGUUUCCACCUCCUCCUCCUCCUCGGCAGCCUGUGCAAGUUCAGCGGGUGCUACAGGCGCAACAGACUCCACAAGCUGUGCAAUCCUCUCAGAACCAGCUUCCUGCAAUAUAUGACUCUCUUAGAUAUACCCCUUCAGUACCACAACUCCCUCCUCUUCAGACUUACUCGAUACGUCCGGCUAUUAGCAUUGCAACUUCUCCUGUGCCGUCCAUAUCAAGUCCUAUGAUUGCAGAGUCGCGUCUUAAGCCACUGCAAAAAAUAGCACCAGCUUUAAAGGCAUCUAUUUCGAUGAAUAGCUCAAAAGAAGCAUCAUCUGAAAUCGCCAGCAGGGGAACCAACAGCCGAACCAGCAGUGAAUCCGGUAGCGGAUGCAGCAGCAGGACCAGCAACCGCAGUGGGGCUACUAGCCGCACUUCUGAUGGUACCUCUGAAGAGUCGAAUACUGAUAGUAAUGGUCAGCACAGCACUAAAGGCUGGCUCAAAAGUGUACUGAAUACAGAGGAGCACUAG